GCUGCGCCGUCUGCCCGUCCGUCCGCCCGCGGGCACUGCCGGAGCCAGCCGAGCCGCCGGAGCCGCGGGCCGCGGGGGCGUCGCGGGCCAAGAUGCUCCCCUUCGCCUCCUGCCUCCCCGGCUCUCUGCUGCUCUGGGCGCUGCUGCUGCUGCUCUUGGGGGCAGCGUCUCCCCAGGAUUCGGAGGAGCCCGACAGCUACACGGAAUGCACAGAUGGCUAUGAGUGGGACCCUGACAGCCAGCACUGCCGGGAUGUCAACGAGUGCCUGACCAUCCCCGAGGCCUGCAAGGGGGAAAUGAAAUGCAUCAACCACUAUGGGGGCUACUUGUGCCUGCCCCGCUCGGCUGCCGUCAUCAACGACCUGCAUGGCGAGGGACCACCACCACCAGUGCCCCCUGCUCAACACCCCAACCCCUGCCCGCCAGGCUACGAGCCUGAUGAGCAAGAGAGCUGUGUGGACGUGGACGAGUGUGCCCAGGCCCUGCACGACUGCCGCCCCAGCCAGGACUGCCACAACCUGCCCGGCUCCUACCAGUGCACCUGCCCUGACGGCUACCGAAAGAUUGGGCUUGAAUGUGUGGACAUAGACGAGUGCCGCUACCGCUACUGCCAGCACCGCUGCGUGAACUUGCCGGGCUCCUUCCGCUGCCAGUGCGAGCCAGGCUUCCAGCUGGGGCCCAACAACCGCUCCUGUGUGGAUGUGAAUGAAUGUGACAUGGGGGCUCCAUGUGAGCAGCGCUGUUUCAACUCCUACGGGACCUUCCUGUGUCGCUGCCAUCAGGGCUACGAGCUGCACCGGGAUGGCUUCUCCUGCAGCGAUAUUGACGAGUGCAGCUACUCCAGUUACCUCUGCCAGUACCGCUGCGUCAACGAGCCCGGCCGCUUCUCCUGCCACUGCCCACAGGGCUACCAGCUGCUGGCCACGCGCCUCUGCCAAGACGUUGACGAGUGUGAGUCCGGUGCACACCAGUGCUCUGAGGCCCAAACCUGUGUCAACUUCUAUGGGGGCUACCGCUGUGUGGACACCAACCGCUGCGUGGAGCCCUAUGUGCAGGUGUCCGACAAUCGCUGCCUCUGCCCGGCCUCCAAUCCCCUGUGCCGGGAGCAGCCCUCCUCCAUCGUGCACCGCUACAUGAGCAUCACCUCGGAGCGGAGCGUGCCCGCCGACGUGUUCCAGAUCCAGGCGACCUCCGUCUACCCCGGCGCCUACAAUGCCUUUCAGAUCCGCGCUGGGAACUCGCAGGGGGACUUCUACAUUAGGCAAAUCAACAAUGUCAGCGCCAUGCUGGUCCUCGCCCGGCCCGUGACGGGCCCCCGGGAGUAUGUGCUGGACCUCGAGAUGGUAACCAUGAACUCCCUCAUGAGCUACCGGGCCAGCUCUGUACUGAGACUCACCGUCUUCGUGGGGGCCUACACCUUCUGAGGAGAGGGGACAGCUCUCAGGGAGGGGGAGGUCCCUGUAGCCAAGAAGCCUGAGGCUCAGGGAUGACCGUGUUCUGCUAAAAGGGAAGAUGCUAUUGUGAAGGGUAGAGAGAGAAAGGCAAUAAAGGGAGAAAGAAGGAGUCCUGGUGGCUGAGGUGGGCGGGUAAUACUGCAGUGAACCCCAGACUGGGGAAGGGGCCAGGCUUGUGGGAGGCGGGUCAAGUCCGCCUCAAGCGGGGGUUGGUUCAGGCUGAGGGGACCCCUUGGGCAGAAGUUGGGAGCUGUGUGCCCAAGGCUGGGAUUGGUCUAUAUGCCACGGGUAUCAGAAUCACCCUGAGAGGGGGCGGAAGUAACGAGGCUGCAGACUCCAGGCCCCAGCAGAAAUGUGGGCGUGGCUGGUUUGCAGGGAGCCUGAGAAACCCUGCUCUAGGCAGUGCCAGGAGGCCCUGGUUUCAAUCCUACUUUGGCCUCAAACUAUCAAUUGGACAAACCCUAGCAGCUCCCUGGGACUCAGUUUUCCAAUCCAUAAAAUGAGGCGAUUUGACUGUUAGUGCUUUUUAAACGUGUCUUUUCCAAGCGACAGAACCUUUUAUCGAAGGAAAUUUUGUUUGAUCAGGGAUCGUCUGAUGACAUAAACUAGAUUCAAAGUU